AUGCUGUCCUCGCCCACGCUGUCCGCGCCGCCCACGCUCUCUGCGCCGCCCUCGCCCGCGACCGCCUUCCACGCCCACCCGCACCGCUCGUCGUACCAUGCCCGCCGCCCGUCGGGCUCGCCGUCCGCCCCCUCGCCCCGCUUCGCCGUGAGCUCGCAGCCCGCGCGGCGCUUCGACACGCCGCCGACCCCCAAGGCCGUGCCGCUGUUCGCGCCCUCGCCGCAGGGCACCAAGCGAGCCCACGAGUACGCCGACGCCGCCACCCAGUACUCGCCCGCCGGCUUCCCGCCCACCUACCACCCGCCCGCCGCCGGCCAGCCCGCGCCGCCCCUCAGCGCCCCCGCCAUCGUGGAUACCCAGCGCCCCGUCGCCGCUGCUGCGACUGCCGACCCGCCGCCCGCGCCCGCACAGCAGCAGCAGCAGCAGCAGCAGCAGCAGCAGCCGCAUGGCCCGCCCCAGACCCGCCGCCCGCCGCGAGACGCCCCGCGCGACGACCCGCCCGAGCCCCAGCCGCGCGUUGUGCCCACACCCGCCGCCGCCGAAGACGCACCCGCGUCGCCCGCCAAACGCCUGCGCCCGACAGAGGCCGACGUCAAGGUCAUGCCGCUCAAGUACGAGACGUGCGACGUCAAGGACCUUGGCGUGCUCAUCUCCGACAUGCUCAUGGAGCUGGUGCGCCUCAACGACGUCCAUCCGCUCCGCGACGGUCAGCUGACCCGCUUCCACUCGAGAGCCCCGCCCGGCAUCUCCGUCUGCGACUACCUGCAGCGCCUCAUCGUGCACGCGACCCUGUCUCCGCCCAUUCUGCUCGCCAUGGUCUUCUACGUUGACAAGCUGUGCGCCACAUACCCGGCCUUCACCAUCAGCAGCCUGACGGUGCAUCGCUUCCUCAUCACGGCAGCGACCGUGGCAGCCAAGGGCCUCUCGGACAGCUUCUGGACAAACACGCUCUACGCGCGCGUGGGCGGUGUCAGCGUGAGGGAGCUGGCGCUGCUGGAACUCGAGUUCCUGCGGAAGCUGGACUGGCGCAUCGUGCCGAAGCCAGAGGUGCUGGUGGACUACUACAAAGGCCUGGUGGAGCGAGUCGACGGAUAUGCCAUGGAGAAGGAGCCGGACGCAGCUCCGACUGCCGGCCUCGAACGCGUGACAAGCCCUACAGGGUCAGCAACCGGCAUACACACCAGCCAAUGA